AUGUCAAAGGAAAAUAUCACCUCUGUUAGUGAAUUCAUCCUGGUGGGCUUCCAUACUUCCCCUUGGCUACAGGUUCUGCUUUUCUUUCUCUUCCUCAUCACUUACCUGUUUGUGCUGUUGGAAAAUGUGGUCAUCAUUCUCACUGUAUGGGUUACUGGGUCCCUGCACAAGCCCAUGUACUAUUUUCUGGGCACCAUGUCCUUUCUGGAAACUUGGUAUGUAUCUGUCACAGUCCCUAAGAUGUUGGCUGGAUUUCUACUUCAUCCAAAUACCAUCUCCUUCCUGGGAUGCAUGAUUCAACUCUAUUUCUUCAUCUCACUUGCCUGUACUGAAUGUGUGCUCUUGGCUGCCAUGGCCUAUGACCGUUAUGUGGCUAUAUGUUGUCCUCUUCGUUAUCCAGCUAUGAUGACCACGGGAUUCUGUGUUCAGCUGACCAUCAGUUCCUGGGUGAGUGGCUUCACCAUCUCCAUGGCAAAGGUAUACUUCAUCUCCCAAGUUGCCUUCUGUGGCAAUAAUAUCUUGAACCAUUUUUUCUGUGAUGUUUCUCCUAUCCUCAAACUGGCCUGCAUGGACUUUUCUAUGGCUGAGAUGGUAGACUUUGUGCUAGCCAUUCUCAUUCUUGUGUUUCCUCUCUCAGCCACUAUCCUUUCCUAUGGCUUCAUUGUCUCUACCAUCCUGCACAUUCCCUCAGCCACUGGGCAGCGGAAGGCCUUCUCCACCUGUGCCUCUCACCUUACAGUGGUGGUCAUCUUCUAUACAGCUGUGAUCUUCAUAUAUGUCCGACCUCGAGCCAUUGCUUCAUUCAACUCUAACAAAUUGAUCUCAGCCAUAUAUGCAGUCUUUACUCCCAUGCUCAACCCUAUUAUCUACUGCCUGAGGAACAAGGAAGUCAAAGAUGCCAUCAGAAAAACCAUGUCUAGUGGCCAAGCCCUUUUCUUGAGGGAUUCUCUUUGCUAA